AUGAAGCUACAAAGAGUGACGAUAUGCCUCCUCUUGAUCCUUGGAACACUAAUUCAAUCAUCCACUCACGCCCAGCAAGACUUGUGGGCUGAGGGUGAGCUGAAUUGCGCUCAGGAAUACCGAGAAUUCGACCCACUUACACAGAAGCAAACAUACUAUGUCGGAGUCCACGCCACAAGCGGCUUGGAGUUGGCCCACAAGCAAUUCAACUUGACUUUCGAAUCGUAUCUAAAUGAAGCGGUUGGGAAACGAUGGAAUCCUCCCAUCGAGUUCAAGAUGGUAGUCACGGAAACACCUCUUCGUGAUUGGAUCGAUCUCAAACAAGAGAUUGACUUUAUGUACACGGAUUCCGGGGUAUACAGUUGCAUUGGUCUUGAAAUUGGGGCUCAGCCUCUGGCUACGACUAUUGCAAGAUUGAAGGCAAGGGGGCGGGAAUACGAGGUUGAUGUUUUAUCAGGUGCAAUGAUCACCCUCGCGGACACGAAAGAUAUCGACAGUGUGGAAGAUUUAAAAGGAAAGAUCAUUGGAGCCCAUUCCUUCUCUGACUUUGCUAGUGCACAAUCACAGUUCUAUGAAAUGCAAAAGAAUGGUAUGGAUUACAUUACGGAUCCAAAGCAGGUUGUCUUCACCGGAAACGAUGAAGAGACGAUACGAGGAGUUCUCGAUGGACGAUGGGAUGUGGGCUUUGUACGUACCGGACAAGUGGAGAAAACCUUGGAUCCCUCUACGAAUAAAAUCGUGGAUGUGAGCCUCCUGAAUGUACUCGAACAAAAAAAUAACAUCAUGACGAAUGGUGAAGUCUUUCCGUUUCUCCACUCCACUCCAGUCUUUCCCGAAUGGCCCUUGGCAGCAAAAGAGUCUGUCGAUGCUUUAGUAGCGGAGGAAGUGGCGAAUGCAAUGAUUGCCAUGAAGUACCAUGGCAGUAUCGGGGAGAAGAUCCAAGAGUGCAUAGACGAAGCCAGAACAGACCAGCAAGCCGCUCUGUGCAGGUCCACGCCACUUGUCAACUUUGACACGCACACAAGAUGCGAUACUACACAAGAGAUGGCUGCUCUUGCCUACGAAGCAGAAAUAGCUGGGUUUCAUAGCGGCUUCCGUUCUCCAAGAUCUUACUUUAAUGUACGCACGAUGCAGCAAGAGGCAGGCUUUGUGGUUGAGGAUGAAUAUAAUGAAAAAUUGCACUGCGCACGGAACGCCGAGUUCUACGGCGGCAUCGUUUGUCCAGCAGGCCACUACAAAGUUUCAAAAGCAGUUUUUGAGACUCAGUGUGAACAGGCUGGGGCUCCUUGUCCGGAAGGCCAUUCGUGCUACUGCAGUCCUUGCAUUCAAGCAUAUGAAGUGAAUGUCUAUCCAUACUCUGGCGAACAAGCAUCCGAGAAAACUGGUACUGAUCUCGGCUGUGGCAAAAUGUCACUCUGUGGUAUCGUGGAAAAGGACAAGGAGCUCACAUAUCAUGUCUAUGACAACCUUGAAAGGGAGGAUUCUAUCGUCACAGCCGUAGCUUAUCUAGGAGCAAUCACUCGCGAGUUACCCGUCACACGGAUUGGACCGUUCUUGUACAAAUUCCAGCUUUCAAAGAGUGAACCUGGGUUGGCAAUCUUGGAAGUAUUAAUUGAUGGUGUUCACAUUCCAGAAUCCCCGGUCCAGGUUCAGAUUACCAGCAGCGCUUGCGAAGUCAUCUACCCUGGAGAAUAUAGAAUACCGAAUGCACAAGGGGACUGCAUCUGUCCACCAGGAACACUGCUGAUUGCUGGAAGGUGUGUCUCUGACAAUGCUCAUGCAGUUGGUAUCUAUCCGUGGACCAUCGAUGGCGAGGACGUCGCAGUGAAUAUGACGAUCCAGUCCGGCUGCAACAAGAUGGACAUUUGCGCUGAAGUACCCCAAACGAAAGAGAUCCGAUUCCGAGCCCAUGACAACCAGUUACGACACAACGCUUCGUUAGAAGCCCUCAUUCAUAUUGGUCAAGACGAAUGGUAUUUGCCUGUGAGCAAAAUCGAUUCAUUUGUUUACGAGUUUGGUUUCAUUCACAACGAAAAAGGAGUGGCGAUAUUGGAAAUCUUUGUUGAUGGCAUCCAGAUCCCUGAUUCACCAGUGCGCGUAGACGUCGAAUACAGAGAUUGCGACUUGGAUUACCCGGGACAACGCAUGGCUCCAAGUGAAAUGGGAGUUUGCGAAUGCUCUGAAAGUACCAUGCUGAUUGGCAGUGAAUGUGUGCCUAUCAGUACGUUUGCUGCCAUCGCAGCCACCAUUGGGGUGCUCAUCGCAUGCCAAAUUGCUUAUUGCUUUUUGGCAUAUCGCAGGAGGAAGAAUGAUGAGAUUUGGCAAGUUGACCCAGAAGAACUAGAACUCAGUCAUCCAGUUGAAGUGAUUGGACAAGGGGCGUUCGGCGUCGUACUUGCAGCAGAAUAUCGAGGGACCAAGGUAGCAAUUAAGCGUGUUAUCCCUCUGGAAGAUAAUGCACAGAUCAAGCGGCUUAAUUCACGUCCAAGCGUGUCUGGUGGUGCUGUGGUAUCUGUUGCUGCAUCGAACGAGAACUCCCAAGACAAUGGCAGCGACCCCGAGCUUGGACAAGAGAAUGGAGGCACAGGUUCGGUGGAUGGAGGAACUGGCUCCGUGACCAAUAGUAAAGACACUCAGAGUGACUCGAAUCUAUCUGUCUUGUUUGGCGGCUUUCCCAUGGCGCAAAAGAAAACAAGGAUGCAAAGGUGGUUUCCUGGACUUGUUCACACUAAUGCAACAAGAACCAAUUUGAGCCUCCUUGGCACAGCAUCCGGAGGCACGACGUCAAGAUCUAUAAAGACUAAGCUCCUACCGUGGUGCGACGAGACUGCCAAACGCCAUAAAGAGUUCAGGACCGAGAUGCGUCUUUUGUCAAGGCUUCGGCAUCCAUGCAUCACAACAGUAAUGGGUGCUGUAAUGACUGGAAGUGACCCCAUGAUGGUGAUGGAAUUCAUGGAAAAUGGGUCUUUAUACGAUCUCCUUCGGAACGAGACGUUGUACACUGGUGGUGAGAUCAUCACGCAAAUUGUUCGAGACAUUGCCCAAGGCCUUCGAUUCUUGCAUGCAUCCAAACCGCCAAUCCUGCAUCGCGAUCUCAAGGCGAAGAACAUCCUCAUUGAUUCACGAUUCCGUGCAAAGGUUGCUGACUUUGGUUUGGCAACAAACAAGCCUGGGCUGCAUGGCACACCCUUCUGGAUGGCUCCAGAGUACCUCACUGGCAAAAAAGAAUACAACAGUUCUUGUGACAUUUAUUCCUUUGGAAUGAUCAUUUACGAGAUCUAUAGUCGAAAGAUUCCGUAUGAAGGGCAACAUCCAAGAAAGGUCCUUCGCAAGGUUUGCGAUCCUCGCAUCAACUACCGACCAACAGUUCCAGAUACAUGUCCCAAACGAAUGGCAGAGAUCAUGACAAAAUGCUGGAGUCGAAAUGAUGGUUUUCGUCCACAAGCCAAGGAUCUUGACAUGCUCUUUUCCGACAUGAACGCUAACGAUGCAGAGCCACUGAUUGAUAAACAAAACACACGUCUCCGUACACAGGUAGCUUCGGGAGAUAUGUUGUACCAGGUCUUCCCAAAGAAGGUCGCUGAUCAGCUCAAAGCCGGUCAAAAGGUUGAACCUGAGACGCACGACAAUGUGACUGUCUUCUUUAGCGACAUUGUCCGCUUCACUGACAUCUCUCGAGCACUGUCACCAGUGAAGGUUUGCAAUAUGUUGGAUCGAUUGUACGUUGCAUUUGACGCAUUGGCCAACAAGCAUGGAGUAUUCAAGGUCGAGACGAUCGGCGAUGCCUGGGUUGGAGUGACUAAUCUGGAGCAUGAUGAAAACGCUACCCAUGUGAAGCAGAUUGCAGAGUUCGCAGUCGAAGCAGUCGCAGCGGCAAGCAAUGUUUUGAUCGACGAAGAUGAUCCAUCUUCUGGGUAUUUGCACAUUCGGGUCGGCUUUCAUUCCGGUCCAGUUGUCAGCAACGUGAUUGGGUCACUGAACCCAAGAUACGCUCUCUUUGGAGACACCAUGAACACUGCAGCUCGAAUGGAAGGUCUCUCGACUAGUGAUCGUAUCCAGUGUAGUAAUGCAUCGGCACGUCUCUUGAAGGAGCAAGCUCCCGACUUUCCCUUGCGCCGUCGUGGCAAGGUUGCCGUGAAAGGAAAAGGUCAAAUGACUACCUAUUGGGUCGGUACUUCUUCAUCGCGUGAUUUUAAAAGGAGUGGAAGCAUGAACAAAGGCUUUGAUGAAAAGCCCAUGGUCGAAUUCGAGGCAGAUGAUGACGAGGAAGAAAGAGGCAAAUUCAGAAGAUUCCGCAAGCGCAAACCCAAAAGAUUGAAUAUGGCUGGUGCAAUUGAAGAGGAUCCAUCGAAUUCAGCUCCCAUGAGUUUCCCAAAAUCAAUUAUGAAAGGAAAAGACAAAGACCGAGACCUCAACAUUCUGUAUUCUGAAAUGAACUCGUCUAUGUCACAAUAG